AUGUCCUCCAACGAACAAUUAUACCUCAGACACUCGAUCUCGGGCACCAUACGCCUAAUCCAACGUCCAGGCACCCCCACCGAACUAGUCGUCAUCAGCGUGGACCAAAAGACAAUCAAGCAGAUCGUCAGGGCUUCGGAAGGCGUGCUGUUUGUUUCCGGAAACUUGGGACCCAAUGACAGUGCCUACUCUUUUAAGAAAAAGUCGCAUGUCUUCUUUCAUUACCGGGAUGGAUCGAAGGAGCCCAAGGACUGGAAGGCCGGAGAUGAAGUCGAGGUGGAAACUGACGUUACUGUUGCUUACGCGCUGCUCAAUGAAACAGCAUUGAUUAAGGGAUUCUGGGAGGGUCGUCCCAGUCAUUAG